UUUUAUGUAAAGCGUAGCUGAAGAAAAAAAUAAUAAGAAGCAUUGUAAAUUUUAAUUCAUUAAUUAAUCUACUAUUCUGCAUCAAUUUAACCAUUUAUUGAGUUUAAAGUAUAUAUAAAGCUUUAAACUUGUGAAAUAUAUCAAAUACAAAUUGAGUAUUUUAAGCAAAUACAAUUAGUUCAAUUGUAUUAGUAAAUAUUUCUUUGGAAACAAAACACUUGAAUAAACAAUCCAUAUGAUUAACAUGAAUGCUACAACAACCGCGAUCACAUUAAAUGAUCGUUUCUCGAUGAUUAAAAAACAACCCUCAAACACUUCGAUUCCGGAGCAAAGAGGACGUUCUCGUUCGAGAAGCAGAAACAGAGGUGGACCUAAGUCACAAGUGGAUUUAAGAGGAUCCCGACAAAAUCAAAUGUUGCUUAACAAGCUCGAAAGACAACAUAAAUUACGAAUGGCGCUUAAGUUGAAAAAUAAAAGUUUGAUGUCAAGUCGUGGACGUACACAGACACUUAAAACAAGAAACAACUUCAAACGUGCUGCCGUCAUCAAACAAGCCUUAAAUGCACAAAGAUUGAGACGUUCGAACAGUUUGACUCGCUUUAUACCGCUAAAUGAUGCACCUAGUCGAUUACGUCAAGGCAGAAGUCGUUCACGCAGCCGUUCACGUAAUAAUAUGAAUAAUGUCAAUCGUCGAAAUAACUUCACAAAUAAUAAUGCAAAUAACAACAGAAAUCAAAAUAAUCGACCAUUGACAGGUCGCAGAAUGCAAAAUCAAAAUAACAAUUUCAAUUCUGGAUCCAUACAUGAUCGAUUGGGAAAUCGCCAGCCACGUCAAUUCCGUCGUGGGGGAAUGCAAGCUAAUAAAACUUUUAACAACAACAAUAAUAAUCAACAGCAGCAAAGAUCACGCAGUCGUAGCCGAAAACGCUUAAAUCGUAAUAACUUCAGAAAUAACAAUACCACUCCUGUAAGACGCUCAAAUUCAGUUAAUAAUCGCUUGGGAAAUAAUGGACCUCAACAGCAAGUUCAACAAAAUCGUUUCCGUUCGCGAUCAAGAUCACGCAAUAAUAUGAAUAAUAAUGUCAAUCAACGAAAUAACUUCACUAACAAUAAUGCAAAUAACAACAGAAAUCAAAAUAAUCGACCAUUGACAGGUCGCAUUGUUAAGCGAAGAAUUAAUCGCAAAACUGGGACAAAUACACAACAAGUCAGAAAUGUAGCUGCUCGAAACGUAAAGAAGUUGCAAAGAGGCAAUAAUAAUGGACAAGCUCGUGGAGGAGCUAGAAAUCGAGGUGGACAGAGAAAUGGCAAUCAAAGAGGACGUCAGCAACAACAACAACAGCAGUCACGUCGUGGUAGAUCACGUACUAGACGUGCAACUAGAGGUCGUCCACAAGUUUCGAAGGAGCAAUUGGAUAAGCAACUCGAUGAUUACAUGGCAAAAGGAUCUGCUUAAAGAAAUGACAUGAGAAAAAUUGCAUUAAGACAAUUUGAUGAUAAGGAGAGAUUUUAAAACAUUUAUCAACAAUCUGAAGUUUAAAUUUUGUAGGAUUAAAGACUUGAAAAACUAAUUUUUUCUUUGAAGAUUUGAAAAAUUAUAUUAAUAUGCUGUAUUUACUUUAUUUUGAAGACCUAAACCAAAAUCAAUAAAAAUUUCUUUUGUGACAAAGA